UUCCGGUCGGCGGAGCCUGGCGGGCAGAGCGGCGGCGGUGGCUGAGACGCGGGGAUGGCGGGUCCCGGGAGCGAAGCCCGGUUCGCCGGGCUGUCGCUGGUGCAGCUCAACGAGCUGCUGGAGGACGAGGGGCAGCUGACGGAGAUGGUGCAGAAGAUGGAGGAGACGCAGAAUGUUCAGCUUAACAAAGAAAUGACGCUCGCCAGCAACCGGAGCCUGGCAGAAGGAAACCUCCUGUACCAGCCCCGGCUGGACGCCCUGAAAGCACGUUUGACCCAGAAAUACCAGGAACUCCAGGUUCUCUUUGAAGCCUAUCAGAUAAAGAAGACCAAGUUAGAUAAACAGUCAAGCAGCGCUUCCUUGGAGACCCUGCUGGCGCUGCUUCAGGCAGAAGGAGCCAAGAUUGAGGAGGACACUGAGAACAUGGCAGAGAAGUUUCUCGAUGGAGAGCUUCCUCUAGACUCCUUCAUCGAUGUCUAUCAGAGCAAGCGGAAACUGGCCCAUACACGAAGAGUGAAAAUUGAGAAGCUCCAGGAGCUGGUGCUAAAGGGACAGAGACUUCCUCAGGCGUCGGUGCCGGCCCCGCUGCCCCCCAGGGUGCCCGAGCCGGCGCCCGCUGCCCCCCUGCCCUACCCUACCUCGGAGGCCAGUGGGCCCCCCUCCGUGCUACCUCGGCGCAUUCCCCCGCCGCCUCCCCCAGUGCCUGCAGGACGCUUGGCCACACCGUUUACCACUGCCAUGGGCUCAGGACAGGCCCUUCCGUACCCGGGAUCACAGUGUCCACCCUUGCCCCCCCGCGUGGGCCUCCCCACCCAGCAAGGAUUCUCUGCCCAGUUUGUGUCUCCGUACCCACCCGCUCUCCCCCAGAGACCCCCGCCCCGGCUGCCUCCACACCAGCCGGGCUUCAUCCUCCAGUGAGCGGCCCGUCCCUCCUGGGAACCUGCCCCUGCCGGCCAGGGCUCUGCACCCAGGCUUCGAGGACGGGGCUGCGGCCCUGGGCCAGCGCACCCCUCGGACUGUAGAACUGUAGGUCGGUGGUAAGUAGACGUAGACCCCGGAUUUGCACCCAGAUGGUUGUGCGUGCAGGGCCCCAGCCUGGCGUCCCCACAGCCACACUGGUUUGUGUUCUCGUUAUGAUUUCUAGGGCUUGUAGUGUUGGUGGUCUCCUGAGUUUGGGGGCAAAGCCUCCCUCCUCCCUACUUAGAAUCGUGGUCCUCUUGUGGCGGCUUUAUUUAAUAAGCAUGCUUCAUGUUCCUGCUCCGUGUACAAGACAGCGCUGUGUGGCCUGGGCUGCUGCCCGCCCUGCCCGGGGUCUGGCGGGUGGGCCUGCCUGGAAGGUGCUCACGGAACUGGCGGGUGGGGGUUGCCAGUUGCCCCUCCCUCCCAACCUGGAUACUUCAAAGCCAACAUGCAGAGUUUGCACUCGGCCUACUGCCAGGUCUGGAGGCUGGGCACGUCGCAGCCGGGCUGGGGGAGACUGGUCCGAGCCGGACUUUGCACAGCAGACGAUGUCCCCAGCUCCUCCUCUCUCCCCCACCUCGGCCCAGCCCGUGCGGGUUUCUAUGAAGAAAUGUUCCCCCCAAUAUUUUUACUAUGUCUGUAAUUUUCCUGUUUUAUAUUGGGAAACUGAACUUUUUUGACACAAGACCAUUCAGGGAAACUUUAUAAAAAUGCACAUAAUGUUUUGAACAGAUUGAAGUGCAGAAGCAAAUGCAAUUUCCUUUCUUACAAGCAGUGUAUGGUCACACUUGUGGGUGCCUGUGCUGUGCCUUAGUUUCCCUUGGUGCCAAUGAGGGGCCGUCCAGGGCUCCCCUGCAGGCCCACAGGCUGGGCAGGCCAAGGGGUAGCUCUCACUAGUGGCUCUAUGUUCCCAGAGGGGCUUGUCCAAGUUCACUGUGGUGCAGGUGGGAGAAUUCUGUCCCAUCUUGAACCAGGGUAUGCGUAGCCAGGAUCGUCUGCCUCGGAUCGGGGCUCAGGGCGGAGCGGGACCGUGCGCGUUGGAGAAAGCACCAGGAUCAGCAUAUGGUGCCACCAAACUCAGACACUUGGGGACUCCUGGCCCUCUGGGCCCUCACCUGGCCCGGUGACAGUCGAGGCAGUGUUCAACCGGCAUCUGUCCCAGCCGUGGUGAGGCCACCACCCUUUGUCUUCAGUUAGCGUAUGGUUCUCCCGGACUGGAAUGCCACUGUGUCGUAGCCAGCUGGGGCGGUGUGCCGGCCAUGCUCUGUGACUCUGGAGACCAGGGCCUGCCCCUCCCCAGCACCCCCACUGCCUGCCUACCCCGAUGUCGGUGGGGGGGGGGGGGGACACCCACAAGCCCACAUGGGGUGUAGCCAAACGUGUGUGCUCAGUGUCUGUGUGGUGAAGGGCUCCAGGGCCAGGCCUGAGCUGGGGUUGUAAAGCUGUAGGACCCUUCUUAAUAAAUAGAGAAUUAACAUCA